CCCUCUGAUUAUGUGUGCCGUCUGAGUCCGGCUUGUCAAAGACCUUUAAAUACUACUUGUAAUUGUUCCACCAUCCGAGUUGAGCUCUGGAGGAAGAUCGUGGCGGUCAGUUGAAAGUUAUUGAUCGGCAUCCGAUUUUCGUACCCGCCACGUACGAGCCAGCGAUCGUAGUCGUUGGUACAUACUUGCGGCAGUUUUCUGUUCUGUUCAGACAGCUAAACCUCUUCCGCUCGCCGAUAUGGAGCUUCGUUGGUCUUUGCGCCUUCGUCAAUGGACGCUGUGGCUCCUCUUUGUUUCCUACACCUACGCGUUCUACAUUCCUGGUUACUCCGUCAAGCGCUAUGGCGACGACGAACAUAUCCCUCUCCUCGUGAAUAAGAUCUUCUCCGACAACACCCAGCUUCAGUAUGCGUACUUUGACCUGCCCUUCAUCUGUCCCCCGAGCGGCCGGUCGCAUGGCGGCUCUCCGUUUGGCUCCGGACAAAGCGUGUCUCUCAAUCUGGGCGAGAUUCUCCGCGGCGACCGUAUCAUGACCUCCGAUUUCGAAAUCCAAAUGGGCAAGAACGUCGAAUGCCAAGCGCUUUGUACACAGGAGGUCGGGCGCAAGGACGUCAAAUGGACCCGUCAGCUCAUCAAGGAAGGAUAUGUGGCCGAAUGGAUCGCGGACAACUUGCCUGGGGCAACGAGCUUUGUGACCGUCGACCGCAGCCGCAAGUACUACGCUACCGGCUUCAAGCUGGGCUUCCAGGACUACUCGCCCAUUGAUGGAAAGGCGCGAUACUAUCUCAACAACCAUUUCACCAUCGUCAUUCGCUGGCGGUCGGUACCCGAGGGCGGCAAGGUGAUCGUUGGGUUCGAGAUCUAUCCGAAGAGCAUCCGCGCUGCUGAUCACUUGGAGGGUGGCUGUCCCCAGCAGGUGCACGAGACCCACGAGGGUUUGGAACUGUACAUCCCCCCGGACACCUCCAAACUCCGCGAAAUGUACCCUGGAUCGUCGUAUAUCCCCGAGGACGAUGGCGACAUGGACGACGGUGCCACCUUGAAGGUUCCCUACACUUACUCGGUCUACUUCAAGGAGGAGAACGGGGUUGACUGGUGGAACCGGUGGGAUCUCUACUUCAGCAACCAGGACGAGGGCUCCACGACUCACUGGCUUGCGAUUCUCAACUCCCUGACCAUCUCUGGAGUACUUGGUGUCGCUGUGUACGUUAUCUGGAGCCGGACCGUUCAAGGCGAUAUCAAGGGCCGGGGCGACGGAGCCAUGGAAGACAAAGUUCGUGGCAAGAGCAAGUCGGAGAGAAAAGGCGACGGGCUUCUUGAGCAAGGCGACGUCGAGCGUGACGCGGACGCUUCGUCUGAUGAUGAAGGCCUGGAGGAUGUGAGCGGAUGGAAGCUUCUUCACGGCGAUGUGUUCCGGGUGCCCGAGUACAGUGGGCUUCUUGCUCCGCUCGUGGGCUCCGGCAUGCAGUUGUUCUUCAUGGUCUCGGGGCUUCUGCUGCUCAGCUCUCUGGGCGUGUUGAAUCCCAGUUUCCGUGGCGGGUUCGUCAGCGUCGGUAUGGGCCUGUUCAUCUUCGCCGGUCUUUUCUCGGGGUACUUUUCUGGAAGGCUGUACAAGACCUUUGGCGGUGUCAAGUGGCGGAAAAACACACUGAUCACCGCGUUGUUCUUCCCUGGACUGGCCUUUUCUCUCAUCUUCAUCCUGAAUUUGUUUGUGUGGUCGCAGGCAUCCAGCACUGCCAUUCCGUUCGGCACGCUCGUUAGCCUUCUUGCCCUCUGGCUGCUGAUCCAAGUUCCCCUGGUCUAUGUCGGCAGCUGGUAUGGCUAUGUGCGCACUGAGGCGUGGGAGCACCCGACCAAGACCACCUCGAUCGCCCGACAGAUCCCCCCACAGCCGUGGUAUCUGCACAGCAUCAGCGGGACGCUCUUGACGGGAGCCGCCCCGUUUGCGGUGCUGUUCAUUGAGCUGCUGUUCGUUUUCAAGAACCUGUGGCAGGACAAGAGCGGCUACUACUACGUGUUCGGCUUCCUGAGCGCUGUGUCGACGAUCCUGAUGGUCACGGUCAGCGAGGUGACCGUGAUCGCGACCUACAGCCAGCUCUGCGCGGAGAACUACCACUGGUGGUGGCAAAGCUUCCUCACCGGGAGCAGCAGUGCGUUCUGGGUGUUCGGCUACUGCAUCUGGUACUACAUUUUCCACCUGCACAUCACGGGCUUCGUGUCGGGCUUGCUGUUCUUCAGCUACAGCUUUCUGGCGUGCGCGGUGUACGGCCUGUUGACGGGGACUGUUGGCUUCCUGACCGCAUACACCUUCAUCCGACGGAUCUACAGUUCCGUCAAAGUCGACUGAGCGUACGCACGACCCGGGCACGGAGUAGAACCUUGACCCCCAGACGCCCUGCUAUCGAAAGUCGAGGCCUCAUCAUGUCAUUUCUUUGAGAGAAACAGUCAUCUGAGCUGAGCAGCUGGCCUGAGGCCUCGCUGCGGGUCGAUAUAUAUAACAUGUCAUUAGCGAAAUCAUAGCCAUCUCUUUGUACAGUCUAGUCUAUUUUAGUCUUGCGUCUUGCCUGCAGUCCGGUUUCUGGGUUCUGGGUUCUGGGUUCUGGUUUUUUGGUCCUGGGUUCAGGGUUUGGGUUCAGACUCGCCAAGGCCGCAAGGGUCAGACAGACCACAUGACCCCCCGCCCAGGACCAAAUAACGGUGGGCGGGCGGGCGCUGAAGUACUUCUAGGACAAUGGUAGAUCCCGCCAAGCCCGGUGGAAUUCAAACCCGG